AUGUCGACCGCUUUGGAUAGCAUACCCUCGACGCUGGGUGCCGUCCUUGCGGGCGGCUUCGUGUCCACGUUCCUUUCAGGAAUCGUGUCAAUGCAGACCAUUCUCUAUACUUCCCUGUACCAUGAUGAUGCGCUGCGGCUGAAAGUCGUGGUCUAUUUGGUCUGGACACUUGAUAUCUUGCAUACGGGAUUCGUAUGUGUUGGAGAUUGGCAGUAUUUUAUCACCCAUUGGGAUGACAAUAAUGUCAAGGACUGGAUACCAUGGCCAAUUGCGGCUACAGUAGCGCUUACGGCAACCAUGACCUUCGUAGUGCAAUGUUUCUUCGCAUACAGGGUCUUUACAGUAAGCCAAAGAAGAUGGCAUAUUGCUUUACCGCUGGCUGUGGUCGCGUUUGCCCGAUUAGUUGCUGCGUUGGUCUCUACCGCAAUGAUGGACCGGCUGGGGAGCUUCUCGAAAUUCCGAACAGAUGUAGGGUGGGUUUUCACCUUUGGCCUUUCAUUAUCAGCGGCGUUGGAUAUUAUGGUCGCGAUCACGCUAUGUUACUAUCUACGGAAGAGCAAGAGCGCAUUCUCUUCGAUGGAUAGCGUCCUCGACACACUGACCUUCUGUACGGUGCAAAACGGCACGAUCACCUUUAUUACAACAGUCGUGACCUUGAUAUGCUGGGUUACGUUAACGAAUCUGGUCUUUCUGUCCUUGCAUUUCAUCAUCGCCAAGCUAUAUGCCAAUGCGCUGCUCUCAACGCUCAACGCAAGAAGAGCUCUUCGACUUCAGCAGUCAUCCGCUGCUGACAUGGACCUCUCUUUCCCGAUGGUCAUUAGUGCAGGCGAGUACUCAGGAAACCACGAACACGGCCAGACCCGCAGUAGACAACAUCCACGUACUGAACAUAUUCCCAUGACCACUAAGGUUCACAUCAAUGUCGAAGAAACCGUCCAGAUCGAGACCGACUAUGGCGAAGACCAUCCUUCAGAGACCGACAUAUCGAAGGUCCAAAUAUGA